AGGUGGAUUACUUCCUGACUUACAUAUCCAAAGGUACCUGGACCUCCUCUUGCUUGUCCACCAAAUACCCAAGUACCUACUUACAUCUACUGCUGCUUCUCUCUUUCAGCUUCUCCUCUUUCUAUCUAUCUUUCUUUUCCUUCUUUCCCUUUCUCUUCCUCCUACAUUUCCUCUCCUCUUCUAUUCUCCCUACAUAUCCUAUCCUCUCAUCCUCUGCUCUCUCCAAUUUCUGGCAUUCUAUCUACCUUUCCAAUUGCUCCUCUCGUCAUUUGACUUCCAGUCCAUAUUACUCAUUCAGCCUCGCCAGAACAAUUCCAGGUGACUUUCCUCUUAUAACCGGCCCAACCACACCACCCUCUCACCACCUUUUUUUUUGGGACCAUCACGACCAAACUUUAAAACACACACAACAAAAAGAGUUGCCUUACUAAACUGCCUUGUGUUCACGGGGCUCUCAGCGAUUGAAAGUUCGAGAGUCCACGUAUACAGCAUGGCUUCAUUCAAGGAAUUAUCCCUGUCCCGACCACUACCUCAGUCCACUCCUCGUCACCAUGCCCACUCCAUAUCCCUUGGAGCGGUCAAUCAUAACCACCGUGUCACUCGUCGGAAGAGUGUCACCACCGCUGCUGCUGCGAAUGCCGCCGCCGCCGCGGUCGCCGCAUCCAUGAAGGACACCAAUGGGGAACCGAUAGGUGUGCCGAUGCCUUCUCACCGUCGAGGCAGCACCAGGAGGGGCCUGGAAUCCACUUCGGUCGGAGCUCUCUCCGGCUUCGGCCACUAUCUCUCUCGGAGCAUGAACAGCCCCAGUCAAGAACCCGCGGUCGCUCGCAAACCCUCGCCCAAUCAUUCCAACAACGGCGCUUCUUCCGUCGCCGCAGCUGGCGGCGAGGAGAGUAGUUCGGAUAACAAACCCGUCAACACCAAGAGUCGAAACCGUCGGGCCAGCGAAGGAUCGCACUUGGUCAAAGGCGAAGGAAAGCGCGCCUUGGCGGAACUACGCUGCGAUCGCUGCGGGAAAGGGUAUAAGCAUGGCAGCUGCUUGUCCAAGCAUAUGUGGGAACAUAACCCGGCAUGGGCCAUUACGUCGAAGCUACUGAUCUCCAAGCAUCAGCAAGUUCAGCUGCUGGAGGCCGCGAGCGUCCUGGUUAACAUGAACCAGAACGGUCCUUCAGAAGGUGCCGAAGCCGAGUCGGACCAGUCAUCUGCGUCACCCGACACCUCGUCGGAGCUUCGCGACGGCAUCAGCUCGGCGGAAACUACCCCUCCUCCUAUGGAUGAGGACGACGAGGACGAAGAGGACAUGGAGAUGUCGGGCAUGCCUGUGUUCCCGAACAAACGAUACAGUGUGGGCAACGUAUCGGCUCACUUUUCCCACUCCUACCGGUCUGUUCCCUCAAGCUCCUUCAACGGUGAUGCUCCCCUGCAUUCGCCUGCCUUUUCGCACUUCCGGCACUCGAGCAUCGACACCCGGCCUUCCACCGCCGAAGCCAAGUUGCAUGAGGACGAUGAAGCGGAUUUGGCCGCUGCCAUUGGCCUCUGCAAUUUCGGAACGCCGCGCACUGGACCUGUGCCGAUCAAUGGUACUCGCAGCAUUAGUCAAAGCCUGGACCCUGCCGCUACUGCCAAUGACAAUUCGUCUCUCACCGAGUCCAACCCGAACAUCUUCCUCUCUGUAUCAUAUAACCCAUCACUCUCCUACAAGGUCUCCGACGAGCGGGAAGUGAAAAUGGGUGAUGCGGAUCGUGUGCAAAGGCAGAACCGCAAUGCCGAUGUUGACUUCAGCAACCGUCCUGCUCAUGCGGACGACGAUGACGAUGGCGUCUUUGGUCGUAUGGAGGAGUAG